AUGGACCGCAGCAACCGCACCUCGGUGACGGAGUUCAUCCUGCUGGGCAUCGCCCACACCGCCGGCCUGGAGACCAUGCUCUUCCUCUUCUUCCUGGCCUUCUACCUGUUCGCCCUGCUAGGAAACCUGCUCAUCUUGCUCGCCAUCCUGGCCUCCUCCACCCUGCGCACCCCCAUGUACUUCUUCCUGGGCAACCUGUCUGUGUUCGACCUAUUGUUUCCCUCUGUGAACACCCCGAAGAUGAUGGGGGCCCUCCUGGGGCGGGGCCGUACCAUCUCCUUCCAGGGCUGCGCCUCUCAGGUCUUCUUCUACCACUGCCUGGGCUGCACCGAGUGCUUCCUGUACACCGUGAUGGCCUACGACCGCUUCGUGGCCAUCUGCCACCCGCUGCGCUACACGGCCAUCAUGAGCCGCCGGGUGUGCGCCGGCCUGGCGCUGGGCACGUGGCUGGGCGGCUGCGUGCACGCCUCCAUCCUCACCUUCCUCGUCUUCAGGCUGCUCUACUGCAGCCCCCGCGAGGUGGACAGCUUCUUCUGUGACAUCCCCGUGGUGCUGCGUCUGGCCUGUGCCGACACCGCCCUGGUGCAGACGGUGAGCCUCACCAACGUGGGCGUGGUCUCCCUCACGUGCUUCCUGCUGGUGCUCACGUCCUACACACGCAUCGUCGUCUCCAUCCUGCGCAUCCGCUCCUCGGAGGGCCGGCGCAGGGCCUUCUCCACCUGCAGCGCCCACCUGACCUCCGUCCUCCUGUUCUACGGCCCUGUGAUCGUGGUCUACCUCAGGCCUGCCUCCAGUCCCUGGCUCGACGCCGUGGUUCAGGUGUUCAACAACAUCGUCACCCCUUUCCUCAACCCGCUGAUCUAUUCCUUGAGGAACAGGGAGGUGAGCUCAGUGCUGAGGAAGGCGCUAUCGCUUGUGGCCCAGCCUCUGGGUCAUAAGGACUAG